AUGGCCGAUGACGCUGUCAAAAGCGUGUCCGUUGGGGCGGAGAGUGCGUCAACAGAGGAUCUGGAGCUGACUCCCCAGGAGCAGCGACGGGUCAUCCGUCGUGUGGAUAUGCGGUUGAUUAUGAUGCUAGGGCUGCUGCAUACCGUGUCGCUGAUUGACCGGGGAAAUCUGUCCACUGCGGCGGUGGCAGGUAUGUUGAAAGAUUUGCAUCUACAUGGGAAUCAAUAUAAUGUCAUCGCCGUCGUCUUCUUCCCGCCGUAUAUCUGUCUCCAGAUGCUCGGUCCGGUGCUGAUUCGCAAGCUGGGACCGAAAGUCUUCUUAUCCAGUAUCUGCUUCGUAUGGGGAGUCACCAUGAUGUGCGGUGGCUUCGUCCACAACUGGACCCAACCAGUCGGCAUUCGAAUCAUCAUCGGAACCCUAGAAGCCGGGUUCUUCCCAGCCGCUGUAUAA